CGUUCGUUACUUUACUCACAAAUUCGAAGUCUGCGAAGUAGCAUCACUUAGUUUCCAAAAGAAGAAAUUCCAAAAAACAAAUUUAUCAAAAUGAAAAUGUUCAUUGUUCUCGUUGCCGUUUUGGCUGUUGCAUUGGCUGCUCCCCUUGACGAACCACAAAACGCACAAAUUUUGAAAUACGAAAACGACAACAUCGGCGUUGAUGGAUACAAUUUCGCUUAUGAAACUAGUGAUGGUGUUUCACGAUCAGAACAAGCCGAGCUCAAGAACCCAGGAACUGAACAAGAAGCCCUCUCAGUCCGUGGAACAAUCACAUGGAUCGCUGCCGAUGGUGUCCAAUACACAUUGAACUACAUUGCUGACGAAAAUGGUUUCCAACCAUCAGGUGAUCAUUUACCAAAGGCUUAAACAUUUCCAGAACUAUCUGUCUAAAAAAAAUCUAAAACAUUUUUCUAAAAUCAAAAGUCUAGUCCAUCAAAAUGUAUAAUCAGAAAACCGAAAUUUUAUUCUCUUUACCAAUUUGAUAAGAUUUGAUUUUUCCAUUUUUAUUUCGCAAACAAUUCAGAUGUUAUAAUUAUUUGUACGAUGUAACAAUUUUUAUAAAAUUGGUGCUUCGAUAAAGAAAAAACCAGUCAAAAAAAAACUUUUAUUUUUUAAUAAAAACACAUUUUUAUACCAAA